UCUUGUUAUUAUUUUUCAUUCAUUCACACAAAAAAAAAAAUAAAUAAAUUUAAAUAAUAAUAAAUAAAAAAUUAGAAUUUUUUUCCGCUAUUUAUUGUAAAUUGUGACAUCGAUCAAUCAUUUAAAUUUACAAUUAUUCGCGAGACUUUUGUUUACUUUUCUCGCGCUGUCAUUAUGAAAAUAUUAUAAAGUUGUGACGAGACGAUGUGUUAUCGUGGAUGAAAGUAUACACACAUGCACAUGUACAAAAAAAAAUAUUAAAAAGCGAUAAUAAUCUACUAACUAAGCAAUUGUAUCAGAACAGAAAAAUUUUUGCACUGCAGUAUUAAAUGUGUGUUAAUUAUACAUCAUUAUUUAUACUUUUGUUUAGAAUAUAAAGAAACAGAAUUUUAAUACAAAAAAAAAAAUAUAUAUAAUAUAUAUUAAACAACAAGUGAAUAACAAUUGAAAAAUAAAUUAAAAUAUAAAUAAAAGAGGAUCGUGCUGACGUCACCGGUCAACAGUGGCAGCCAACAACAACAAAAUCAAUCAAGUGAAUUAAAUUCGUAAAAAAAUAUAUAUUAUAAUAAAAGAAAUCAAAUAAAGGAGCAAAGAUCAACUUAUAAGAACGACGACGAGUACAAAAUUAAUUUAAUUAAAAAAAAGUUUUUUUUUUAUAAAUAUUAUUGUUCGUUGAAACUAAACAAGAAAUUGUAUUUAUUUACUGUAUGAAUACAAAGAAGUGCCUUUCAGUAUAAUAAAUUAUUUUAAGUAUUGUUGAAAUUAUAAACAAUUGAUCCUUUAUUUAAUAUAAAGUGACUUUUGGAUAUCUUUCUAAGGAGCAUCAAUACUAAAAGGCAUCUCCCAACAUACCCAAAAGUAAUUAAAAAAAUUACAAAAAAUAUGAAAACAGUUCAAUUAAUAAUGUUGCUAUCGACAAAACGUGAAAAAAAUUAAUUAAACAAGUGUCUGAAACAAAAAAAAAGAAGAUUUUUUAUGAGCAAACAUAAAAAAGAAUAAAGAAAGAAACGGAAAUCGAGUGGAAAAUUAAAUAAUAAAUACAUUUUGAGGAAGUUUAAGCGAGAAAUAACACGAAAAAAUGGCGUCACAGAGAUUUUGUCUGCGAUGGAAUAAUCAUCAAACGAAUUUGUUGUCCGUUUUUGAUCAAUUGUUGCACGCGGAAACCUUCACUGAUGUCACGUUAGCUGUUGAGGGGCAGUACCUGAAAGCGCAUAAAAUGGUUUUAUCAGCAUGUAGUCCGUAUUUCCAACAAAUUUUCACAAAUCACCCCGAAAAGCAUCCCAUUGUCAUCCUGAAGGAUGUUCCGUUUGCCGACAUGAAGUGCUUGCUGGAUUUCAUGUAUCGCGGCGAGGUUUCUGUUGAUCAAGAACGUCUCACCGCAUUCCUGCGCGUAGCUGAAAGUCUGCGUAUCAAGGGUCUGACUGAAGUAAAUGACGACAACAAAGCGUCAUGUCCACCGUCAGCGGGUAACAAUAACUCGCAAGCGAGCCAAAAUGCGUCGCAACAGCAAUCGCAGCAGCAACCAAUGACACCACCGCCUAAUUUACAUAGAAUUAAUCCCUAUUUAUUACAACAACAGCAACAGCAACAAAGGCAGCAAACGGAGAACAACACGUCGACACGCAAUAAUAACACGUCGAAUGGCACACAAAACAUGGCAGUCUCAAAUCCGUUGCUCGGAUCUGCGUUAUCGGGACCCAAACGGAAACGCGGAAGACCACGGAAGCUGUCGGGAAGUGAUAUGGGCGAAGAUUACGAGGACUUGGAACGGGAAAAUCUUGUGCAGGGCUCACCGGAAAUUUUGGAAGUUAGAAUGGGCACGGAAGGUUUUCAACAAUCAGGCAAUGAAGGAUCCGACGAAAAUGGCGUUAGUCGAUCGAUCGAUGAUGGUGACGACUCUUCCAACGAUGUAAUUGAAACUUCUGAAGCAUCUCACCGCAAAUCAACGUCGUCACCAAAUGCAGCAGCUUCAACGUCUAAAGGAGGCAGUCCCAGAAAAGAUGAAAACACAUCAGAUUAUCCCGGCGAUAACAGUCAAAUGGAUUCUGACGAUCAAACGAUGGAUUCGACAUACAUUGAGCCUCAAUUGUUGAUGGAUGAGUACGAUGAGCCGCUAGAAUUCAAAUACGAUCCAAGUAAUGCGGAUUCAUCGACACCCACGCCCGGCAACGUUUCGUCCUCGAGUAAUGCGAGCAACAAUAACAACAGCAACAGUUCACUCACCAUUAGUACAACGCCGACAACGACAGCGCUAAUGCCCAAAUUGGCUCUCAUACCAACGCAGCAGCUCUUGCAGCAACAAAUGCAGCUGAAAAUGAACGCUUCCACGCGGAAUCUCCUACCAAAGCUCCAAAAACGUCCAAAAUUGUCGAAAAACGAGAAUGGCAUGGACAAGGCAACAGCGGCAAAUGUCGCUGCCUUGUCUCCCUACAACUUGGCAAAUGUCCUCGGAAUGAAAAGCGAUUUCAUCGACUUGUUUGCGAACACGAUGGUUGCGGCGAAAAAAGGCGCAACGCCGCAAUCGACGACACCAACGCCCAACAACACUUCGGGAACGGGCGCCGGCUUGAAAGUCGAACCGCUAAUUUCGGGAAAUCGCAACAACAAGUACGUCAUCGAGGACAAUGAGGGAUCCGUGCGUGACUAUUGCACCAAAGAGGCUGAUCACGUGUACCGUUGCAAGGUCUGUUCGCGCGUUUACACGCACAUCAGUAACUUCUGCCGGCAUUAUGUGACGUCACACAAGCGAAAUGUCAAAGUUUAUCCGUGCCCGUAUUGCUUCAAGGAAUUCACGCGAAAGGACAACAUGACGGCACACGUCAAAAUUAUCCACAAAUUGGAAUAUAGUGCGCAACAGGCGCAACAGCAACACAGUUUAUCGGGAUCGACAACGCCCACAAACUCGGGAACGUCUCUCAUACAGACGCCCGAUAUUUCACCAAUGCAACUCGUGCAAACGGUCAUGCAAGCACCUACUUCGACGCCAACUAUGCCAGCACCACAAGCGGCAACAAGUCAAUAACUUACACUGCAAAAAAAAAAGAAUGAUUGAAUGAAAGUUAGAAUUGUUUAUUUCUUACUAUCUUACAUAAUUAUUAUUUUUUUUUUGUUUUUUUUUUGAUGAAAAAGUAGAAGAAAUGUUGCAAUUAUAAUUUAUAAAAGAAAAUUCUCAAGUACCUUAUUAAAAUUACUUUGUUUAUUUUUUUUCUUAUUAUUAUUAUUUAAUAUAAGAAUUACGCGAAAAAAAGUGAAAUAUGUAGAAAUUAAUUAAUUA